AUAGUUUGCUCCGCUCACACAAACAUCAGACCAAUGGCAUUUGAAAACUGAAGCAUUUCAUUUUCCAAACAUCUCGAUACUGAAGACGUAGUAGCAUCUGCACUGGACGAAGAGCAGCAGAUGUGCCAUACAGAUGUCCCACCAACACAAUAGGCAGCGAAAACAAGAUAUGGAUGAAGAGCCACGCUCGUCCACAUCGCGCGUCCCACCGAAAGUAAGGGAAUACAUUUCCGAAAUGGCUGUGGAUCGGGAAUUGGAGCGUUAUAUGGCCUUAUCGUCGACAGCCAGCAGCGGUGGAAGCGGUCACAGCUGCGCUCUGGUUAUGGGAGCAGCGGGCAGGCCAGGUAGCAGCCUGUGUCCCAGAAAUAGAUGUCGCAGUGGUAGCAGCAGACAAUCGUCUAGGAAAUCUUUGUCAAGCUGUUUGCUAGACGUGGCUGAGCCACCGCAACCUCCAGCUGGUCCGGCUAUGCUGGUAGACCAACCGACAUCAGGAAGCACCGAUGAUGUGGUUCUUAUUCCAAUUGUUAUUGCGGAAAGUGGUCAAGUUGUGGUAUCCAAAAAGCAAAUGUCUGCAUCUGUCGAGGAUUUGUGUACACCCACCAAGGCGGCUAAUCAGCCAAAGGAAAUGCAGACCAAAAAAACACAAACGCCCGAAUCGGCAGUGAAAUCUCACAAACGUCUCGAAUGGGAUCCAUCGGCCGAUGUGGGUUACUAUAAGCGUGCCGUCUCCACUAGCAAUAUUAGCACCCUGGAACGUUCGGUAAUGGAGGAUUGUUGGCGUCUGCCUCACCAGCGAUCCGAGUCGGAUUUGAAUCGUCUGCAAUUGGAAGACCAAAAGGCAGAAGAAUCCCAACAUCAGCCCCAGCAGCAGCAACAGCCCCCUCUGGCAUCUAGUACGUUUGUGAAUCGCACAAUCAGCCGGAAUCGGAAUCGGGAGAGUAAUACCAGCUCUCGUCGAGAUUCCCAGGUCACAGUAGGCACUUCACUCUAUGGCAGUUCAGUGGCCAGUAGUUUUGAUUAUCAGCAGCCAUCAUUGCAGCAUGAGGUAUCCAUGACAAUUGCCACAUCCAGCACCACCAGUACCAGUGUUAGUGCCACGCCCAGUUUAACUCAACGGAAUAGCCGUCAACUGGAGCAGGAGAGAUUAUUUACAGCUGCCCAGUUUCAACGAAUACUCAGUGAGAACAAGGAGAACAGCAACAACAACCACAACAAUAGGAAAAAGAAGGAGAAACCUAGAGGAGAGCGGGAAAACAAAGAAAAUCUGCAACCAGGCGGCAGUCAUCGAUCAUCGGUGUCGGGUUCCGGUGAACUGGAUUUGGGCAUCGAUUUGCUUUGCUCACUGAUCAAGACGCGCAGUCUUAGCCAUGGCCAAAAGAAACAUCUUGUGCGUGAGAUAGCGAAACGUAUAUCCUGCCUGGAAUCUGGCGACUCUAGUUCUAGAAGCAGUCGCCAGGGUCGACGUGAAUCCUUGCCCACACCAACACCAAUCGUUGCUCUAACCCCAGCAUCGGUUCCGGCCGCCGCACAAAUGAAGACCCAAUCGACCAAUACCACCAGCAGCGUAACAAAAAUUCAGUCUAAAGCCACCAAUACUACCAGCAGCAUUACCAAGAUUCAGACCAUAGCACCAGUGCCGGCACCGAGAACCCAUUUGCCCACAACUCGCUCAUCUGGCGAGUCCUCAACUAGCUGCUCCCAUGAUCUAAUCACCCAGAAAACCAAUGUUCAAGCCCAAUCGGCUAAUUCAACUGAUGCCGAUGUCGAUACAGAUCAGGUAGCCUUACAGGAUUGGCUCAAUCCAAUGACCCAAAGUGAAAUUGAGUACGAGCAACGCGCUAAACGUGGACCGGAUACAGAGCGGCGUCAUCAAUUGGUUUGGAUUGAAUCGGAAAUCAAACGUUUGCAGACUUUGCAUACACUACUCGCCACCGCUACCACAAAAUUAAAGCCAAAGGCUGUUUGUCUCAGUCCUCUGCAUAUUGAAUCUGCUGGCCGUUCUACUGUCAUAACCGAACAGAUCAUUCAAACCGCUCCCCUUGUGGAGACGCCAGCUAGUUUGGAUUCCAGAGCUACUGGGGGCGCAGAGAGACCUCCGCCAGCUGAGGGCAACAAUAAUCUUAGCCAGAAGAAGCAACCAAAGGAAACUCAAACAGAUGAGAUACAAGAAAUACCAGCAGCACCGCCAGUGACACCGGCCAAUACACCACUGCCACCACCACAAAUACCCCAAAGAGGAGCACGGCCUUGCUCUGCACUUACCCCACCGCCACGGCCACCACCACCACCGCCUCCGCCGCCACCGGAACGGCAUCUCAAUCAUGAGUUACAGCUGCAACAACAGCGCAGUAAAAUGGCCACACCAGCCAGCAGCUCCGGUGGUGGCCGCAGCGAAAGUGUCUGCUCCUUUGUCCAGCAACGGCAACGUCAAUUCAUGGAACACUAUCAGAAUCAACAGCAGCAGCAACUCUAUCUCCUGCAGCAGCAUCACCACCAGCAGCAGCACCAACAACAACAACCACAUAAUCAGUUCUAUUAUCGCCAUCAACAGCAGCCUCAGUGUCAUCAUCCACAUCAUAAUCAUCAUCAGCAUGCGGCUCAAGUUAUGCAGGAGCAACAACAGCGACCAAUUUCUCCAUACCUUCAAAUGCAAUACGGUCAUGCAAUGGGUUCCACCUAUGCCACACCCUAUUUGGGAGAGAAUGCUCAUAGUUGUGGCGAUGAUGGUGCCAUCUAUUAUCAAGUGGUCAACUCGCAAGGAGCCGCCAGUUAUGUUCAAGCAACGGCGGUAGCAACUGGACCAGCUGCUGCCACAGCUACGGCUAGCACCCAUUGCCGGACAACCACUACAAGCUCAGCCUCAUCGAUGCUCUGCAUCAGCUCGGAAAUAUCCAUACCCAUGGGUAUGGUUAAUACAUGUGAGACAACAACAACAACAACAACAACACAUCAAUACGAUGAUGUGGCCUGUCAGCGAAGACGACAACAGCCUCGUCCCCAGACCCAGUCGCAGUCCCAGCCCAAUCAUAUGCCAAUUGAAAGAAGGCAGCAAACCUUUACACAGACAAUGCAAGUGCGUCCACGAGGCAUUGCCUAUGUCAUACAGUUUACCGUUAACGGUGACAGUGAAGUAUUGCCCGAAACUCUAUCCCUGCAGGAUCAAUUGCAACGGGCACGUCCCGAAUUCUGUGCCAAGUCCAAGCAACGGAAGGCCAUACUAAAUCAAAUGCAAAUGCUGCGCAAUGUGCGACGACGCGAAAUGGAUGAACUGUUAUGCGAGAAUAUCAAUACCAAUGUGGAGACUGUGGACAAACAACUUCAGCAAUUGCCUCCACCAGCUGCAUCUCGUAUACGCAUUUUUUCAACGAAAGAAAUGAAGGCUCUAACCAGCAAACGAUGCCAAAGUUUGCCCGAAGUCCUGGCCGCUCAGAAUCGUAUGCGUGAGGAGCAACGUAGACGUAAUAAUCGCAUGAUGCGCGAUGUUUUCAAUCGGCGUCUACAUAGUCGAGUGGCUAAGGGUCAAUUGUCCCUAAAUCACAGCCGUACAAUUAUAUAGCCAAAUUUUUCCAAAAAGUCUUAUAUGAUUAUUUCUAAAAAAAAGAAAAAACAAAAACCAUAAAAAUCUUUGCUAUUUGAAGGCUAAUUUGACUUAUUAUAUUUUUUUUCUAAUAUUAAUUAAUUGUUUAAGAUAAUCGAAAUUUAAUUUGUUUCAUCAAUCAUAAUGUUGUGUUUUGACAAUUAACGAACAUUUCAAUAAAUUAUAAUGUUUCAUAAAAUUCUA